AUGCCUCGGGAGAAGCGAGCUUCACGGGAGUUCCCCCGCGCGCAAGGCCCUCCGGGACGCGUAGUCCAGCCGCUCGCCGGCUGGAGGCUCUGGCGUUGGGUUGGCUGCCGUGGACCAAAGGUAGGAGCCCUUCAGCGCGCGUGCGCGGCGCCUCGAGGCAGUCGAAGGAGAGCGGCGGGGCUUUGUGGCGCCUGCGCAGUGGCGACUCCGGAGGAUCUCUCGCGAGGAAGGACGCCAUUAUCGCAGCCGCCCGACCAAACACCACGAGAAUUCGGCAAGGCAAACGGUAACCUCGCUCUCCCCCGCGGCUGGGCGGCUGGCUCGGGUUGGAGCUCCUCGGCGCGGGCCUCGCGCGGCUCCCUCACGACGCCGGAAAACCCGCUCGGUUUCCCUCACAGCGCCUCGGCCGCUGGGCCGCGAGGGGGAGGCGGGAGGAGGGCGAGCGAGGGGCGGGGCUUCACUCUCAGCCUCUCACUCCCCCCGCCGCGAGCCGCUUGGCCCCUCCCCUCCUGGAACGGGAGGCGGGAUUUCCCUGCUUAUCUCUCUUUCACCGCCCCACCGCCUUGCACGAAUUUAGAUGAUAAGACACCAUUUAUUUAGGAUUAUAAAUGUUAAAUAUGUGUGCGUGUAUCUGUCUGUUAGCUUCCUGAUUUGCAUAUAUUUGCAUACCUCAAUAAUUCGCUUUUUUUUUUACACGGGUAAAAUUACUCGUUUAAAAACGUAGGGUUGCAACUUUUUGAUUUUCUAGAUAAUAUUGAUUGAUCCUUAUGGUUUCAUCAGCGCGUGUGCUGGUGCCUUUUUUUAAAACAACAACAGCAACAAAAUACAGAUCCUUGCCCGGAAGGGCAUGCAUACCUACUGGACACAACACAGAGAUAAGGUUAUAAUCUAAUCUGCUUUCCCACAGAAGAACAGUGUUCAAGGUGGAUUGUAGUAUAGGAAGUGGAAAACCACAACAAGCAUGUGUGAUUGAGUAAAAGCAAAUUUGAAUAGGUUGAAAAUGUGUCCUUAAUUUGGUGGGAAGCCACUUAAAUAUAUUUAUUUACAUAUCAAUGGGGUAUUUUAGCCUGCAGAAGCCUGGUGUCAGUCCUGCCACCAAGGGUUUGUUCUGUUGCUGUGCCUGGGCUCUGGAGUAUCAGCUACCUCCCUGACAACAUUUUGUCAUCACUUGAAGAUUGCUCUGUUCUGAGAAGCAUUUGGCUUGUUUGUUUUUGAUUAUUUGCUGUUUCUGUUGUAUUUCUGUUUUUCAGUAUGUGUGUACACACACACACACACACACACACACGGGAUCUCCUAACCUUAGAACUUAAUAAUAUUGAUAAUAGGAUACUUAAUUCAUCUUGUCAUGAUGGAGUCUGAGUGGAUAAUGUUUAGAAACACAUUCAAACUACCUCUGUUUUGUAGUCUUCCUCUUAUUAACUCCGAGAUUUGUCCUUUGCUACCAAUGUUUCAUUGCCAGUUUCGUCCAUUUUAACCUGAUGAAAUAUUUUUACACUUGUUCAGUUAUUGUCAAAAGGCUAAUUGAACGUUACAAUUUCAGUAAUGUGCACAUGUUGGAACAACAACCACGUGAAAUUUUGAUUGUGACACGAUGCAAAGAAAAAUCCAAUGAAAACAUGUUUAAUAUUUUGUAACCAUAUUUAUCCUUGGCUGGACUUGAAGUGAAUGCACUCCUUUUGAUUAAGCUUGACGUGAAUACAAUACAUAAUCUAGUUUUAGGACAAGGAUAGGGAAUCUUUGGCCCUCUGGAUGUUCAUUUGGGAGGAUGGAAGUUGUAGUCCAACAAAAUCUCCUGGAGGGCCACAGGUUCCCUAUGCUUGCUGUAGGGCAAGCACAUGUUUUCUAGGCUCUCACUCCCCAUUGUUGAUAUAAGCUAAACUUCAGUGAUCUCCAGGCUACUUUACAAUUUUGCAAAGUUGUAACUGGCAAGUUUUGCAUAGAACUGGGAUAGGCAACUUGUUUAGUGUUAUUAGAAAGUGAGAUGGGCCACAAUGAAGCUUGCUGCAAGUUUAUUAUAGGUAACUGAUUGUUAAUACAUAAUAUUAUUUAGAUAAUUUCUCACAACCUAGUUAAAUGCCAGGCGUGGAAUGUAAAUGUGUUGUAUUUCUGUCUUCUAUAAUGCGGAACUUGUUUAUACUGUGCUCUCAGUAUGCAUAAUAUGAUAUGAUAAUAGAGAAAAAGGGAGCUUACAAUUUAUCCAACCAGAGCAGGAGAAGCAACAGAAUAAGUCUGGAAAUGGAAGUGGCAAGUGUUGCAAACUGUAGCCCUUAAGGCAUCCUCAUGGGUCAUAAAAUGGGAUUACAGUGGUACCUCUACAUGCGAGCGGGAUCUGUUCCGGAGUGCUGUUCGCAUCUAAAAGCAAACGUAACUCGCGAUAGCACAUCUGCACACGUAUGCGUCGCCUUUUGCCGCUUCUGUGCAUGCACGUGAUGUCAUUUUGAGCGUCUGCGCAUGCGCAGGUGGCGAAACCCGGAAGUAACGCGCUCUGUUACUUCCGAGUUGCCGCGGAGCGCAACUUGAACGUGCUCAUCUCAAAGCACAUUCAACCCGAGGUAUGACUGUACAAGUGAAUUGUUGCACCCUGUUUACAUUUCUUAAGUGCCAUAACAUUUGCCCUCAAACUACACAUUGCCAGAGAGUGAAGUCAGUUGCAUGAAACUGUUUAAAUUCUUAACUCCAAACACACGAAUAAUGAAAUGGGAUUUGAAAGCAAGAAAAUUAGUUCAGCUGCCAUUGCAAAACCUGCUUGGAACCAGGGUCUGUGGGAAAUGCAAAUACUAUUUAUUGUACAUAUAUUUAUGGUCUAAAAAGGAACAUGAAACUGCCCUCCCUGCUGGAGCCAUGCAGGUUUGGGUCAGAUCAGUACCUGCAAACCACAUGUAUGCCACUUGGGGUUCCAUGAUGGAAGAAAGACAGGCUAUAAAUAUAAGAAAAAUAAAUUAGGGGGAAGGAGGCAGAUUACUGUUCUUUGAAUAUUGAUGAAUUGGGAGGUAUACAGAAGAAUAGUUCAGAGGUAGCAUUUGCCUGCUUUGUGUGCAGACAGGCCCAGGUUCAAUCCCUGAGGAAUCUUUGAUUGAAUCAGGGUCAGUGGGAAUGCUGGUGGGAAGGACUCUUCUGAUUGCCUGAAACCACUCAGAGAGCUUCUGGUCACACAAGACCAGAGUGUACUAAAUGGACAAAUAAACUGACCUGAUAAAAGGCAAAUUCCUACAUUCCUGUGAAGACUAGUCUAUGCCCAUCCUUGCUGAAAUAAUAUUUCUUUUUUGCUUGGAUCCAUUCCUCCUUUUCACUGGUGUAGGGUCAAGAUAAUCUCUCCUAUGUUGUUGCUUCUUAUUUACUGCUUCUUUCUGUUCACACCAUUAUCCUUUCAUCUUUACCAUCUUAAACAGAAAAAGUGUAACAAAAGAGUGCUAUUUGGAUUUGCAGCUGCAUAGUUCACCUGUUUUGUUUGUUUGGUUUUGCUGCUCAAGACACUUGUGAUGCAUUCUGCAAGGACAUACUGGUUUUUCACCAGAUGGCGCUCUUCCCUUGAAAAUUAUGAGGAACAAAUGUAUUACUGUACAGUAUAUUAAGUUCUAUUUUUCUAGGAAAAGAGGUGCUGGAACCAUGAACACCUCCCUCAUUCCCUUAGAAUGGCAAAUGGCACCCACCUGAGAGGUGCCGGAACUGAGUUCCUGGGUUCCCCCUGAAAAAAAUCCCUGAUUAUAUUGAUAAUACAAUACAAAUUUGACAUACUAGCCAAUCAUUGGCUCUAACAAUCGCUUUCAAAUAGCUUCAGUUUUGUGGGUUCUUUUUUAAACUGUUGGUAACCUUCUGAAGGAUAUUUAAAACACAACCUUUGUUAAAAUAAAUAUUUAAACUCAGAACUGUUAUGCUGUGUAAUUUGUUUUGAUGAUGUCAAUCCAAUCAGUUUGGCAAAGUUACUCCAUAAUCUUUGUUCGGAUUCCCUGAAGUGGAUUUACAAGUACAAGCAAUUUCUGUUCUCCCUGCUCAGUGAUCUGCAUUGUUAAAAUAACUAUGCAGAAUCCAAGUGUGACUUUUGCAAUUGGAUCUUGUCCUUGCUUUGUUGUUGUUGUUUAGUUGUGUCCGACUCUUCGUGACCCCAUGGACCAGAGCACGCCAGGCACUCCUGUCUUCCACUGCCUCCCGCAGUUUGGUCAGACUCAUGUCCUUGCUUACUUAUACGUAAAUUUCUGAUAAAAAGAAAAACUGCUCCCUAUAGGUGUGUUAAGCAUUGCAGCCUUAGUUUCUCUUCUUUGUUCCUUCUUUUUGUACUGUUCAUUAACUUGGGGUGAAAAGGGGUUAGACAUAUGGUUUAAAGUGUUGAAACAGUAUAUUGGAAAUGUGUGAGAGCACGCCCUUGGCAGCCUAAAACAGUAAUGGCAUAUAGUGCUUGGGUUUGUUUUAGAUGGCUGAAGGCUGUGAAGCAGGCUGAAGUACUGGAACUCAGCUCUCUCUCCAUGUGGGGCUGGGUUCCAGUCCCACAAGAUUCCCUACAGCUGUGUUUCCCAAACUUAGAAUAAUCGCAUAAUGCUUUUGAGAGUUUAGUCUCACUGGCAUACCCUUUCUCUGGCAAAGAUAACUUGGAGGGGAGGUAGUUUUAAUAAUACUAUUUUAUCUAGACCAGAACAAAUUCUGCCAUGUACCCUUUGAAAGCCUUUUGCAUACCCCUGAGAGUAUACCACACUUUGCGGAACUUCACUACAGGAUAGGAGCUUACCCUCUCUGCUCUCCUCCCCACGAAAGGUGUAUUGCCGGGGGGGGGGGGCUUUUGCUGUCUCUAGAUACUGUGUGCUCCCAGCCCCAUCUAUAUAUGUGGGUCAGGGUUUGGAGUAUGCAAAUACCAUUGGGGAAAAGUUAAGCAGAGUUCCAUUGUGGGACUUGCUUCGUCAUUCUCCCAGUCCAUUGGUUUAAUCUUCAUAACACAGAUGGACAGUGAUACUCUUGAGUGCAGCAAACAAAAUACCAUCAUUUUCUUCUCGCUCUUAUUAAUUGAUAAUGUGUGUCAGAUGGUCACACUUUUUAGUAAAUAACUAAAAAAGAAUACACCGAAUUCUACUUUAAAGUGGCAAUCUUCCUAUAUUCGUUUUAAGUUUCUACAGUUCUCUCCCAAGCACUGCCCACCCCCAACCCACCCCCAUAUAUGGCAAGCACCCAUAUCCCCCCAAAGUAUUAGUUUUCUGCAGCAUUCUAAAAAGAGAUCCUUUAUUUAAAGAGUUAGUGUAAAUUCUUUGGAUAAUUUGAAGUAAGAUGUAUCCAGGUUGUUUGCACUUCAAUCAGCAUGUACAAAUAUUGUGAUUUACAGACAAGUUGACUGCCGAGAAAUGUUUCUUUGCCUUUGCUGUGAACAUCUAAAUGGCCAAGAACAUUUGGUAAAUACAAACCAUUUGUCCACCACAACUCCUUCCCUUUCUGCACCAGUCAUACAAUCUUAUUUUUUGCUAAUAUUUUGUAGGGCACUUCUGUUUGAAGGCUGUACAUAUUAAAGGCUAAUGCCGCAGCCUCUGUAAAGGGUUGAAAUGGAGCAGAAGUUUUGCUUGUGUUCUUCCUAUGUACCUAUGACCCAGUGCCUGUGAUGAUACUGGGUGAUGUUGCCCUGUGUCCAUGGGCUGGUGUGGUGCCAGGAAGAGAGACAAAUCAAACCACAAGGCCAUGUAGAUUCACAGUAUACCGUAUUUUUCUGUGUAUAACACGCCCCCCAUGUAUAAGACGCCACCUAUUUUUGGGGACUCCAAAUUAAGAAAAUGGGAGAUUGCCCAGACCAGAGUUGUUGAGCUUUUUUUGGGGGGGGGGGGCUCAGACAAAAGCCGCCUAUCUGUCCCCUUGCUGGCAGAAGCUGCCAGUCGCCCAACCAAUUGCCGCAGCGACAACCGAUAAAAACUAGCCCUUGAUGCAACCACCAAUAGCAUGCCCAAUAACUGCUGACAAUCUCCAGCUCGCAGCAGCAACCAAUCCCAAGUCCUCCCUAUACACAUUCCGUGUAUAAGACAACCCCCAUUUUUUAACAUUUUAAAAUAAACAAACUUCGUUUUAUACACGGAAAAGUGCGGUAAUUUAAAAUUGCAGAUUGGGUUCCUAAGAAAAUUACAAUGGUGUUUGCCCUUUUAGACCUCCCCAGUGCCAGAGAAGCACAAGUGACCUUACAUAAACAGGGAACAUAACAAGGAGUGGAUAAUGCACGUUUAGAUUUCUGCAUAGGAGUGAAAUAGCAUUACACUUUGCACAAAUGAAUGUAUAGGGUAGAUGUAUUUUGCCCUUAAAGCAAAAUGAGGUAAUGAGUGCAGAGGCUGUGGUUGUUGAUAAAUGGUUUCUUUUAAUUGCCAUUUAUCAACUUGGAGAGGUUGAGGGUUCUUGACCACUUCAAAGACCACUCAGUAAGCUUUGUGACUGAAUGGGGAGCAGUGUAGAACACCACUCUGAAACUGUUCAGUGCCCUAGUGCAGAGAGAAGAAACGCCUUGGUGCACCUGCAGCAGUGAAACCAGCCGCCUUCAUCUACCCCACCUGCAAAACAUACAUUUUUCUCAUAUCGGUCUCUACAGCCGCAGAAGAUGCUGUAACUCUCCCAGUGGUUUGAUUUCACUCUUGAAUGCACACUCUUCCACAGUCUCCUGAGUACAUAUUGUACAUAUUGGGCAGCAGUCCCACAAACACUUACUUGGGAAUAGGUUCUAUUGAACUUUCUUCCAUGUAGGCUGCAUCUAUGUAAGCCAAAAGAGGCAUUGGUUGCCUCUCGGUAUCUUUUUGGCAUCUCAAGGCCUUUGUACUGCCUGUAAAUAGAAGCUUCCAAAAGCACAGGUGUAGUUUCACAUGACAACUCUGUCAGAUCAGGCCAAGGCCCUUCCAGUAUGGCAUUCUGGUCUCAGACUAAAUGCCGAUUUAUGUUCUGUACUAUGCAGGCUUUUGAUGAAUUUUUGAUGAUUAUAGUUGUGAUUAAAAUUAGUAAGAAUCCGAAGUAGGCAAAUGAGGAUUGGAAGAACACAUUAAAUUCUGAAGAGCCAACAUUUAGGGGAAAAUGCCUCACGGAACUGAGAAAACACCAACAUGAAUGACUAGUUGCCUAGGGUUUUCCCAGUCCAGACGCAAGCAAUUUGAAAAAUAGCUCUAUAUGGAGGCAAGAAGGAAGGCAAAAACUAAGAAGAACUGCAGUUCUGUAAUCUUGAGACUGGACACGUUUGGCUUCCACUUUGUAGUUUUAUGAGGGUGCCUGUGUAGCAUGAAAUCUCUCUUUCCAAUGAGAAUCCUUUUGAGGUUCUACAUCUUAAUUCUACCCUUAAAAGUCAUGCAGAAAAGGCCCUCGGAGAACUGGCAGGGCUCUGCUUACAAUGCGGUUGACCUUCUUUUACUAAAGGGCUGCUUUUUAUUAUGUUAUGCCUAUUAAUCAAUGUUACAAUAUGUUGAAAUAUGAUGUAAUUGGUUAGGGAGCAAUGGGCUAGCAUGAGAUGACUAAGAUCUAGCUGCCAACAGGUCUGCCGAUAGGAGCCAAGUGUAAGGUUUAUAAAGUUAGAACAAAUCACAGAGGUGACUGGGUUUGUAAAAGAGCGUUCUUAGCUGUUUAUGUCAGAGCUGGAUGAAGGGCAAGUGGGCUACUAAAGGAAGAUUUGGCUGUCAAUUGGUGCCUGGGAAAGGAAAAAUGAUGCAUUGAAUAACCAUGACAGCUAUGUGUUAGAAUGUUCAUAAAUUCUCACUUCUCACUGGACUUAUUUCAUCUUUUUUUUGUUUUGUUUUUUUUUAAUACCAGGAAAGAAUUUCUGUUUGUGCAGUAAAUUACUACAGUACCACAAACAUGCAUGAUAGAAGAAAAUUGGUUCGGAAGGCAGUUAGUUAUGCGACUAGAAAAGCCAAGAAUUACACUUCAAUUAAAUACCCUUUAAGUACUGGAAAAACCUUUGUAUCUUGACACGUAGCUUCUUUUUAUUAAUUUUAGUUUAUUUUGUAUGUUUUAGAAUAACUGUGACAGGUUUCAAAUGCUGAGUAUAGUUUUUUGGAUUAAGAUGUUGACAGAAUGUUAUGAUUGCACUUUUUAAGCUGUAAAAAUGUUUGGGCAGUUCUAUUUUUAAACUGAUAUGGCUUUUGAUACCUAGUUUUAUUUUGGAAUAGGAAAUAAUUACAGAUUUUUAGAUGACAUGAUCAAGAAUUUAGGUGCCCACACUGAAAAAGCAGAGGCCAUUGUCCCCAGGUGCCCGGGAUCUCUCUCUACUCAUGUUUUUUACCCUUAAAACAGCAAAGGAUGGCAGCUGUGAAGGAUGUACAGAAUUUAUUAGACUUUCCCCCUAUAUUUCUAUUACUGUUAUAUCUGUCACUUGGAACCAAAGUUAAUAGACAGAGACAUUGUUGUAAAUAUGGAUCCCGACCCAGAUUUUUAAAGCCGCCAAAAAUAUGACAGCAUGAGUAUUCAUUGACCUUUUCUGCUUUUGUGAAAUAUAUUGUGGGCUUUAGCCCACAUAUGUUUACACCAUGCUAACUAGGAAACCUUAAACAUGCUUCUUCAGAAGUAAAUCCCGCAGAACAGACAUACUCUCUAUUCGCAGGGGCCAGCAAACUUUUUCAGCAGGAGGCCGGUCCACUGUCCCUCAGACCUUGUGGAGGGCCGGACUAUAUUUUGGAAAAAAAUAAUGAACGAAUUCCUAUGCCCCACAAAUAACCCAGAGAUGCUAUUUAAGUAAAAGCACACAUCCAAUCAUGUAAAAACACCAGGCAGGUCCCACAAAUAAUGCAGAGAUGCAUUUUAAAUAAAAGGACGCAUUCUACUCAUGUAAAAACACGCUGAUUCCUGGACCGUCCGUGGGCUGGAUUUAGAAGGCGAUUGGGCUGGAUCUGGCCCACCCAUGCCCUAGUGAAUGUAUUGGGGAUUGACGCUUACAAUUCCUUAAACCUCAAUGGUGACACAAGACCCUCUAUUUCUCUGCAACAGACUUACAUGACUGCUCCUGGGUUCGCUGUUAGUGUUCUCUUACCUUGGUAUGUAAGCUAUUUUUCAGGCUGAGGACUGCAUUUCCUUGUAGGUAACCCCCAGGGUAGGAGUGGGGGGCAGAACACGAUAGUGAUAGGUGGGGCCAGAGGUGAAGUAGGGUGGACCGACAGAUGCAACUCUCAUCUUUGUACAAUGGCAAACAUUCUGGCCUUGUGAGGGCUCAUGGUUUCUACUGAGGGCAUGGCACUCAAAAUGGGGAUGUCACAUUUCAACUGGGGCAGUUGAGGGGUAUGGGACACAUUCCAGUUUUGCAAAAGCACUUAAAUGCCUGGAUAAGAGCUGCUAAGGGGUGGCUUGUUGAAAGAAGUGUGGGGCCUGGGAAGAUUUCUUAGGGCCUGGUAGAGAGCCCUAGAGUAUUCAUUCUGCUCCUAGGCCAAACAUUCUCCACCCCUCAUAUAAACUGUCAUUUCAGUUUUACAAAAUGUGGAGAUGGCCAGAAGAUGUAAAUUGAUAGAAUUCUGUGUGAUACAUCCCAAUGAUGUCAUUUGCCGAAUACCUGAUGAUCUUCAUGGAUUUUGAUUUUUUCUUUAAACUGUGACCCAAAGCAUGCUUGGUUGAAAGUUAGUUCAGUUUAAGAGCUUAUUGCCAAGUUGCAUAUGUUUUUAGGAUUGAGGUUCCAGUAAGGAAUGGAUAACUGACAGCUCACAAAUCAACUCAGGCCCAAUUUUUCUUGGCCUUCGGACACUUAAUGAAAUUGAAAUAAUUUUCAGUUUUCAUUAAAAUGAAAAGCAAACACCUCAGUACUGCAUAGAAUAAUAAGCUAUUUUUGUGGCUUUGGAGCAAAGUGUGGAAAACACAUCUGUGACAAAGCCCAAGGCAAGAUUUCUUGAAUUGGGAAAAAGACUCAGCUGAGUGCUAUCCGCAUAUGGUACCAAGUUGAAUUUGAAAUGGAUAAACCAAUCUUAUGCAUAAAAAUCAUCUUACCAUGAAAAGGAGGGGAAAUGCCUUUCUUAUAACUAAACAAACAAAACUAAGCGUGGGUAACAAAACAAUGUAGUGUUUUCAAAAUGUUUUGGGAAGUAACCCAAAGCAGUCCCAUGCAUUGCCCUCCUGGUGGGGGGCUGCCAGGAACUCAUUGCCACAUUGAGUCCUCUAUGUUGGGACAGCUAUUGGCAAGGCUGCUAUGUGGUAUUUCAAAGGCACUUUAUCUUGUCUGUGGGUUUUCCAUGAGGCAUUAGGUUGCAUCUUAUGGACCUUUAAUCUGAUUUAGGAAAGCUCUUAUGUUCUUAAGUUCUGUUCAAGAUAUGCUGGGCAAAAAGAGAACCUGUACAAGAGCCCAAAUAUUCCCCAAUUUGCUCCAAAAGUUGUGUAAUCAGGCAGGAGACACUUGUGAGUGCGCCUAUAAAAUUACAAAAGGUGCUUGACAUGAAGAAGAGCAUAAACUGAAAAAUGGAGCAGGACCAGCUCGUCUUAAUGUGCAGUCCUAUAAUAUGCUUUAUAUGAUUCAUACUUUCCAAUUGUUUUAUUUUUAAGAAAAGUAGGGGACUAGGCUGAUUUCUUCUCCCUUGGCAGGAUGCAAAAUUGAUUCCUAAGCCUGAUAAUUACCCAGCAUUGCUUGAGAACUGUCUGCCUAUCUCUCUUAGUGGAGAUAAUAAAAUACCAACCUCUGCAUAAUAAGCCAUUACUAAAGCAUUUUAUUUUAUUUUAUUUUAUUUUAUUUUAUUUUAUUUUAUUUUAUUUUAUUUUAUUGCAGAGGAGGAACAUAUUAUAAAACACAAAACAUAUAGUGGUGUUUGUCACUGCAGAAAAGGCCUUUGAUAGACUGGAAUGCAAGUAAGCAGGGAAUGCAAUUUAUCCUAAAUAAUAUCUGGGUUAUCUUUUAAACAUAAAUACCCAGGAUGAACAGUACAUUUUCAAAUUGAAGCUUAAACUUCAAGCUAAAAACCCAAGGAUAAAAGGACACUGUAAAAAUUGGUGUGACCUCUUGGUGAACUGCUCUGCAUGUGGAACACUGACUACAACUUUAUAUGAUUUUGGACUCUCUUGUUGCUCACCAGAACCUGCAGUAUGGUGAUUGUAAAAUACACAUGCAUACAUAUGUCAAUAUUACUUUAAAUUGCGGGACAUGUAUUGUGUUAAUCUGUGUGAAUUUUGAUUUUCUUACGAGUAAAGGAAGAUGAAAAGCGGAGGGUGGGGGAUUUUGACUUGUUCUUUCCCUUUUCUUAAUGCAUGGAUUGAAAUAUUCUUUCCCUUCAAGUUCAGGGCAGGGCUUCCAAUAGCUUGCAGUUAGUGACAAUAUGAAACAGUAAUCCUAGCACAGCUGUUUUAUUAUGUUACGACUGGCUAUUUUCCAGGACUUCUGAGAAAUGGCAAACUUAAUUUGCCAAAAUGAUAGAAAUGGCAACCACAUGCCCUAAAUCUCUUGCUAGGUUACUUGGGCAUGUUGCCACAGCGAAUGCAAUCACAAUAGUUUUCACGGUGAUCCGAAUUUCAAAUGAAUCUCUUGGCAGCAGAAGUGUUUUGAGUAAGUGCCUCCAAUACCGUGUAGUGUCCUCAUUUGGAAGACUCUAGAAUGCAUCUAUUUUUUGUAAUGAGCAGCUGCUGCCUUGGCUGGUCCAGGAACCUGGGCGAUGCUGUGGUGUUCUCCACCUGCCUGUUUUAAUUGCAUUCUUAUAUUUGAGCAGAAGAAGGGAAAAGUCGUUGUGUGCAGUUGGCUUUGAUUCAGUGCUAGUGGUUAAUGAUAAAUUGCCAUUUCCACUGGCAAAUGAAGUUUAUUUCCCCAAUAUUUUUUUUGCUUCAGGUAUUGAAAAACCCCCUCAAUCUGCCUGUUCUUCUCUCUCUCUCUCUCUCUCUCUCUCUCUCCAUUUCUCCCCCUCCUCCAAGUGUGGGAAAUGCAGAUGUGGAUUGCUCUAGCAAUUUUAAUUCAGCUUUUGGAGGCUGGAGAUUUCCUUUAAUAAGACCUCUAACAAUCCCUGACAGGGAACUCCAGGGGGACAGUGCUGAAAAAUGUUUGGCUCUAGAACCAGAGCUGAAUGCUGGGAUUGGAACUGAAUAUUGCAGGAGCUGAAUUGUGGAAACUCUGGAGACUGGAGAGAGAAAACUGAUUUAAUUCAAACCAAAGCAGCUUCCAGAUCUCUUUUUGUGCUGACAAAGAGAGCCUACAACAGCCUUCCUCAACCAGGUGCCCUUCAGGUGUUUUGGAUGCUGCUGCAUGAUGCUAGGGCUGAUGGCAGUUGUAGUUCAAAAAAUCUGGAGAGCACCAGUUUGGAGAAGACUGGUUUAUGAGAAUGCCUCUCUCUUUGGCAUAAUUCCUCAUAUAUCUGUGUGUACAGAUGUACUGGAUCAGUCCAGGACAAGGAAAGAGGACUUAGGGAAGGAAGUGGCAGAGCGCAAGCCACUCUAUCACUUGAUUGCAGUAAAGACUAGUCCCAUCCUCUCCUCUUUCCUGCAAUCCACCAUGCUGCCCCAAUCUGCUCUAGAGAGUUGGUGUAUUCUCCAAGACAGUCCGGGGGGUGGGGUGGAGGGCUGCGGGGGGCGGGGGUGGUGAGGAGAGGAGAGGAAGGGAGAGUUCUAUUGCAGAAGUGGAAGUCUUCUUGUGUGACAUUUGAGUUCACCUCUUACUUUAAUUUUUAAUCUUUUGUCUGCUUUGAGUAUUAUUGAUUUCUUAGUCUUCCUUGGGGAUAAGGUGGGGUAGAAUAUUAAUAAAUAAAUGCCCUCUUGCUUAGAAGAGAAUAAUAGAAUCAUAGAAUUAUGUCGGUGUUACGAGUAUGCAUGUUACAGUGUCUGCAUCAUCUAAAAACAAAGUUCCUCCUUUAGAACUAUUGCUUGCCUCUAUAUACACAUUUAAUUUUCUAGAACUCUGCUGACUUCCUGGGAAGCAAGCACCAUUGAACUUAGUGGGACUUAACGUCUGAGUAGACAAGUAUAGAAUUUCACUGUUAAGCUAAAAAAAGGAAGAUGUCAGCAAUCAUUUCUUUAACUGUCCUAGAAUAUUAAUAUAAGCAUGAAAAUGGUGGGAAAAAUAUGUCUGCCACUAUUUACGCACCUCUUAUGGUUUACAUUAGAAGGCAAAUUGUGCAAGUAUGUUGUGGUAACUAAUUUCAAGAUGAAGAGCUUUUGAGACUGUCCUCACAAUGAGUCAUCCAAGGGUAAGAAAAGGGUAGAUUUUUCUUCCCUUUUCUUCCUUUUUCUUCUUAUGAGUGCAGUGGGAAAUUCUAACCUUAGCAUUUAGUAAUUGUGAAUAUUGAGUUUCUCUCUCUCUCUCUCUCUCUGUGUAGAGAGAGAUUUCAGAUUGCUAUAGUAAUAUAAUCAUGUAUAUGCAGCAUGAAUUAUCUGCCUAUUGUUGCUGUUGGAGACAGUGCUGUACUAAAUGACCGAUGGAAACCUGGUUCUUUAUGAGGAUCAAUGGGAUGUUUUCUAAAAAAAAAGAGAAAUGAAUAAAAAUCUUUUUGAAAAAGCUCAUAAAUAUGAUUUGAACAUACUCUUACCCCCUUGUGACAUAUGGUGACUCUUGAAUCCACUGUGUUUAUUACAAUUUCUUCUUAACAAUGUUUUACAGGAUCAGAUUUGCAUGAACUGA